AAGUGUUCAGCAGAUGUGGAAUCCAGACCUGAAACCAAGGACUUCCCUCCAGAGAUGGUUAUUUUUAUGGAGCCUUCAUCCCAGCAUAGACUCAAGCAGAGCAGUGAAGAGAAGAAUUCUCAAGAAGUAAAAAUGACCCAGGUGAAAACUCCUGCUAAAGUGAGAGGCUGUGACUGUGGCCAAAGCAUCAGGCUAGAACUAAUGCUUUUCUCAAAACAGAGGAUCUCUAUAGCAGAGAGUCUUCACGAAUGUGAUGCACAUGGAAGGAAAUUCAUUGUGUCUUCAGACCCAAGUAAAUGUCAAAGAAUAUCCUCAAAGGAGAUAGUUUCCCAUGAUAAUGAGUGUGGAGAAUCCUUUAUUUCUAACCCAGAUUUUAUUGAAUAUCAUAGACUAUGUGCUGGAAAGCAGCCUAAUGACUAUAAUGACUUCGAGAGAGCUGUCAGCCUCAGCCAAUUCAUUCAUUCUUUUGAGACAAAUGAGGUUGAAGAGAAAACCAUUAACUGUAAUGAAUUGGGGGAAAUUUCUACCCAGGAUAUUCAGUUCAUGGAGUGUCAGAGAAUUCACACUGGAUUGCAGUCUUAUGAAUAUAGUGAAUGUGUGAUGCCUCUCAAUCACAGCUUCUCUUUUGCUUCCCAUCAAAGGAGUUAUACUGAUAAGAAACCUUUAGUAUGCAAUGCAUGUGGAAAUGUCUUCCUCUGGAGUGCCCAGCUUACUCAGCACCAGAGAAUUCAUGCUGGAGAGAAGCCUUAUGAAUGCCAUGAAUGUGAGAAGGCCUUCUGCCUGAGAGAAUCACUUACAAGGCAUCAGAGGAUUCAUACUGGAGAGAAACCCUAUGGAUGUAAUGAAUGUGGGAAGGCCUUUCGCCGUAGAGGGCAGCUUACUAGACACCAGAGAAUUCACACUGGAGAGAAACCUCAUGAAUGUAAUGAGUGUGGGAAGGCCUUCUACCAGAAAGACCAGUUUACUCAACAUCAGAGAAUUCAUACUGGAGAGAAACCUUAUGGAUGCAAAGAAUGCGGAAAGGUCUUCCGAGUGAGAACACAGCUUACUCAACAUCUGCGUAUUCAUACUGGAGAAAAGCCUCACAAAUGUAAUGAAUGUGGGAAGGCCUUCAGGCAGAGGGGCCAUCUUACUGUACAUCACAGGAUUCAUACUGGAGAGAAACCUUAUGAUUGUAAUGAAUGUGGAAAGUCCUUCCGACUGAGUACAGAGCUCACUCGACAUCAGAGAAUUCAUACUGGAGAGAAACCUUAUGGAUGUAAUGAGUGUGGGAAGGCCUUCCGACUGAGCACAGAGCUUACUCGACAUCAGAGGGUUCAUACUGGAGAGAAGCCUUAUGGAUGUAAUCGAUGCGGGAAGGUCUUCCGCCAGAGCACACACCUUACUCAACAUCAGCGUAUUCAUACUGGAGUGAAGUCUCAUAAUGUAAUUUAUGCAGGAAAGCCCAUCUUCUGAGCACACAGCUUACCAAACAUUGGAGAGUUCCAUAGAGAAAUUUUUGAGUGUAAUAUGGAAAGGCUGAUGAUUGUGGGAGCACUAUAUUACACCUCUGCUCCCACCCCCAUGCAGGUUAGGCUUGUUUUCCUUUAAAAAUGGACAUUUCUCAUGUCUUGGCUGGCUCAGGGGACUAAGGACUUUUGAUUACUGAUGUCACUUCCUCAGCCUCUGAGUACAAAGCAGUCAUGAAGACCUAGAAGGGGGGAGUGUGUCUUUUUAAAAAUGUUUAUUUUUUAAUGCUCAUUUUAAAAAAUUUAGAGUUCCAAUUCUCUUCCUCCAGUCCCUUCUUCACCCAUUGAGAA